AUGUCGACGCCAGACAUUGCCGGAAUAUUAGACAACUCGAAGUUGCUCGAUCGGUUAAGGAAAGAGCAAGAAGAAGUGCUCCAAGAGAUCAACAAGAUGCACAAGAAGCUGCAAUCCACACCUGAGGUGGUUGAGAAGCCUAGUGAUACUUCACUGUCGAGACUUAAGCAGUUAUACACUCAUGCCAAAGAGCUUUCUGAAAAUGAAGUGACUGUUUCUAAUCAGUUGUUAAAUCAACUGGACGCUCUGAUGCCUUCUGGCUCCUCUGGGCAACAGCGAAGAAAAUUCGAAGGUAAUGAACAGAAAAAGAAACGAAUGAAAGUUGAUUCGGAUGGCCCAAGGCUUUCUCCUUCCAUGCGAAACCACCUGGAUGCUCUUGCUAGUUUAAAGGGUGAACAAGUAGCAGCUAGGGUCACUCUAGACGACGCUCCCAAAGAUGAGUGGUUCAUUGUCAAAGAUGAUGACCAUUGUGCCAAAAUGAUUUGUGUUCUGCUGUUCCUGCGUCCUAGUGUCUUGAGUACAUACAGGGGAUACAGAUUUGAAGUACUUGAUGAGGAACCCGGUGAUGAUGAGGAGGGCACUGGCCAGAGAAAGUACAAGCUCCAUAUGUCGCAUAUCAUACCUUUCCCUAAGCGAAAUGAUCUCUCUAGUGCUCAAGAUUUCCCUCCUGGAAGUCAUGUUUUAGCAGUCUAUCCUGGAACAACUGCACUGUAUAAAGCAACGGUAGCCCAUGCUCGUAAGCGCACACCACUUAGAUGGCCUCUAGAAAGUCAUGAUAGUACAAAGCCAUGA